GCCUUUAUUGCAUGCGAAAAUUCUGAGGAAGCGUGGCUAAUGAAGACACUACGCGUUCAAUAGGUGUGAAUUUCAACUCACAGCAGACAACAAACAAUCAUCAUUCAAUAUACGUGCCGUACCAUCAUCGUUCAAUUACUCACUCACACAAAGACUCAUCAAGGGUGCAUGGAGAAAUUUUAGUAUUUUAUACACAUGAAAGCUGCUAUUAACCAAAGGAUGCCUUCGCUUAGUUUUUAAAUAGCACUAAGGGCACUAUCACCAACCCAUGGAGUAUUAAAAAAAAUAAAAAAGAAUCAUAAAUAGUGGAGGCGAAAAACAGUACACUACAACCAGGUUUUUAGUCUUUUUUGGACAAACAUUAUCUACGGCCUCCCUGGCUUAGAAACAAACACAUCGAAGAAGCGAUAUCUUUUACUGAAAUAAUAAGUCAAUAACGUUAGAGAUGAAUUCGCGACAACAGCAGCAUUCGUCCAAUGCGGCAACUAAGAGAAAAGUUGGAAAAGUCGCCGCCGCACAGGGCCCACCACCAUCCUACGUAAGUAGUAUUCCUGUAAAGCGCCUGAAAGAUGGAGAAGGCGUUUCGUACCAGACCGCUGAUAAGCAUGCCAAACCUACAUUGUCGCAAGAACAAAUGCAAACAAUGAAAUAUAUGCCGCAGAAACAACAAGAACAAGAGCAAACGCGACUUCGCCAGUUGUGUGGCGAGCAGAAACCAAUCGAUACAUCUCAAAUAAUAGCGGCUCAAGCGAAAAACCCAUUAGCCGAUACAAACGAGCCGGGGUCACAGUCCUAUUCUGACGAAUCAUUAUCUGCGAAAUACGACAAUUAUGUUACAAGACAAUCUUUUCCCGGCCAAGGAGAUAUCGGAGUUAGCGACCAACAUUUUCAGGAUUUGCUCUCCCAAAAGGAUUUAUCUUCGAAUUUCACGGAUGAUAUAUUCCGCAAUUUUAAUGUUGAUAUAAAGGACGACCCUGGUGUUAAUACCGAUGAGCUAAACGAUAUUUUAAAAGACGAGACUCAGAGAGAGUUUGACAAAGAGGAUGAAAACAAAUUGAAAUGUGGAUUUUCCAUACAAAUGGAUUCGAAACAAGUUACAACACGUGUGAAGAGCUUGCCGUUGGAUGAGCCGCCCCCGCCAUGCUCAAUUUUAAGCGUAAGUGCAACACCACCAUAUCCACCAGAUUGCCCGCCCCAACGUUUGACCAGGGAACAAUUACUGCCGCCAACACCAUCCGUUCACCUAGAGAAUAAGAAACAUGCAUUUAGCCCUCAGCUACAAGAGUUUUGCCUCAAGCAUCCCAUAGCUGUUGUACGGGGGCUAGCUGGUGCUUUAAAACUGGACUUGGGUUUGUUCUCCACGAAAACCCUGGUAGAAGCGAAUCCGGACCAUAGUGUGGAAGUUAGAACACAAGUCCAUCAACAGCCUGAUGAAAAUUGGGAUUCGACUCAGGCCAAACGAGUUUGGGCUUGCAUAUCUCAUAGAUCUCAUACCACAAUAGCAAAAUAUGCCCAAUAUCAGGCUUCGGGUUUUCUCGAAAGUCUAAAAGAAGAGCGCGAAAAGGGUGGUUCCCAAGGUGUUCAGACAAUGUCGGAUUCCGAUUCGAAAGACUCCCUUAGCAGUACGUCUUUGUGCGGGAAAAAGAAAAAGACUAAAAAUGCCAACAAAAUGCUGAGAUUCGGAACGAAUGUUGAUUUAUCUGAUGAACGCAAAUGGAGGCCUCAAUUGGCAGAGCUGCAAAAACUCCCUGCCUUUGGCAGAGUUAUAUCGGCCGCCAACAUGCUCUCCCAUGUCGGUCAUGUCAUUUUGGGCAUGAACACAGUCCAGCUGUAUAUGAAAGUACCCGGAAGCCGAACGCCUGGACAUCAGGAAAACAACAAUUUUUGUUCCAUAAACAUUAAUAUCGGUCCCGGUGAUUGCGAGUGGUUUGCUGUUCCCGACGCAUACUGGGGUGGCAUCCACAAUCUUUGUGAAAUCAAUAAUAUAAGCUAUCUACAUGGAUCAUGGUGGCCAGUGUUAGAUGAUUUGUAUAAGGAAAAUAUCCCCGUCUAUCGGUUCAUACAACGCCCUGGAGAUUUGGUGUGGGUCAAUGCUGGUUGUGUACAUUGGGUGCAAUCAGUUGGCUGGUGCAACAACAUUGCCUGGAAUGUUGGACCGCUCACAGCUAGACAAUACUCCUUGGCUGUGGAGCGAUAUGAAUGGAAUAAACUGCAGAAUUUUAAGAGUAUCGUCCCAAUGGUUCAUCUGAGCUGGAAUCUGGCCAGGAAUAUACGUGUUUCGGAUCCCAAGCUCUUCGAGCUGCUGCGAACUUGCCUGCUGCAAACUCUCAAAAAUGUCAUGCAUACCCUGGAAUACGUUAAAUCCAAGGGGGUAUUGGUUCGAUUCCAUGGAAGAGGCAAAAACGAGGCAUCGCACUACUGCGGCCAAUGUGAGGUGGAGGUAUUUAACAUACUCUUUAUAAGAGAACAGGAGAAACGCCAUGUCGUACACUGCAUGACAUGUGCACGAAAGCAAUCACCGAACUUGCAAGGUAUCGUUUGCUUGGAAGAAUAUCGUUUAACAGAGCUCUGCCAAAUCUAUGAUGCCUUUACGCUCUACAAACCUAAUACACUGCCGCAAAAUUUACCAAUUAAUCAUUAAAUUUAAAUAAAUAAAUAAAUCUUAUUUAUAUAUAAAUAACUACAUAAAAUUAUUAUUUGUGUAUUGAUUUUACUAAAGGAUACUUUAAGGUUUCCAACCCCACACACCCAAUAUAUAA